AUGGCACAGGAUAAUGAAACGCCAUUAGCGUCCAAAGUGGAAACUCCCACAAUACCAAAUCGUCGAUAUACAAAAAUACUUGAUGAUGAAUCAGGAGCGAAUCCCUUUUACAUACCUUCGAGCGCUAAUAAGGACACUCGAGGAAACUUGUUCAAACGGCCUGAGGGAAAUAAAGGAGAAGAAAUUGAUCAGGGUAAUGCAUCUGAACAGGAAUUUUCCCUUCGAAGAACGGUGAUUGAAUCGUUAGAGUGCCGUCAGAUUCAAACUUUCAAUAAUGAGGGAGAACCUUCUAAAUUUCCGCCUAGAGUUUUUCCACAUGAAUCUACAAUGAUCAGAUCACAAAUUGGUUCAACUCCGGAUUUUCGUCGCCACGGGCUAACAUUUCAUCCAGAGACACCUC